AAAAUACUGUCCUGAGUAUAGAUUAGAGAGAGAAAGUUGAGAAAGAGGGGGGAGCAGAGCUCUGCCUUGAGCUCCGGCGUCUCUGCAUUAUCAAGAGAUUCAGGGAUUGAUCCUAUUCUUCCCCAUCUACUUCUUCGAUCUCUCCUCUCUGGGGGUAUAUCAGAUACUUGCCUUUUAGGCUUUUCUCUCUCUAAAUUUUAUUUAUUAUUUUCCCUUUUUUCCCUGCACAUUUGAUUCCGAUUGCUUUCAUGUCUCUGAAUGCUCUACAUGGGCAUUGGAAUAGAGGGCAUUGAAUGGAAAGGAGUGAUCUUUCUUCUUGUUAGAUUAGAUUGGAGAUUCUAAGUUCACUUCAACUAUCCAAUCUACCUGGGUUUGACUCCCUCUCUGUUUUCUCUCUCAUUGAAGGAUUAGUUCUAUUUUGAUCUGGAAAUAUAUGCUAUAAUGUCAUCUCUCAGCAGAGAACUUGUGUUCUUGAUCUUACAGUUUCUAGAUGAGGAGAAAUUUAAAGAAACUGUCCACAAGCUUGAACAAGAGUCUGGGUUUUUCUUUAACAUGAAGUAUUUUGAGGAUGAAGUGCACAGUGGAAAUUGGGAUGAGGUUGAGAAGUACCUUUCAGGUUUUACCAAAGUAGAUGAUAAUCGGUAUUCAAUGAAAAUCUUCUUUGAGAUAAGAAAGCAGAAGUAUCUUGAAGCAUUGGACAAGCGUGAUCGGCCCAAGGCAGUUGAAAUUCUUACAAAGGAUCUUAAAGUUUUUGCAUCUUUUAAUGAAGAGCUGUUUAAGGAGAUAACCCACCUAUUGACGCUGGAGAAUUUCAGGGAGAAUGAACAAUUGUCAAAAUAUGGAGACACGAAGUCUGCCAGAGCGAUAAUGUUGGUUGAACUCAAGAAACUCAUUGAAGCAAACCCUUUGUUCCGUGACAAAUUGCAGUUUCCUGGCCUUAAAAAUUCUAGAUUGCGAACCCUCAUCAACCAGAGUUUAAAUUGGCAGCACCAACUAUGCAAAAACCCGCGGUCAAAUCCAGAUAUAAAGACGCUUUUUGUUGAUCACGCUUGUGGGCAACCAAAUGGCUCCCAUGCCCCGUCACCUGCAAACAACCAUUUACUUGGACCUGUACCAAAACCUGGAGGCUUCCCGCCUCUUGGUGCUCAUGGGCCUUUCCCGCCUGCACCCACACCCGUUCCUGCUCCACUUGCUGGUUGGAUGUCCAAUCCACCCACGGUGAAUCAUCCAGCUGUUUCUGGGGGACCCAUGGGCUCUGCAGGACCUAUGGGCCUCACCGCUUCAUCCAUUCCAGCUGCUCUCAAGCAUCCAAGGACCCCAUCAACAAAUCCGGUUGAUUAUCCAUCUGGGGGGGAUUCUGAUCAUGUCAGUAAAAGAACAAGGUCCUUGGGAAUUAGUGACGAGGUUAACCUUCCCGUAAAUGUGAUGCCGGUGUUCCCGGGGCACGGUCAUAGCAGCAGCCAAGGGGGUCACAGCAGUGCACACGAUGAUCUCCCGAAGACCGUAGUGAGAACACUUAACCAAGGCUCAUCUCCUAUGAGCAUGGAUUUUCAUCCCGUUCAACAGACAUUGCUUCUAGUUGGAACCAAUGUUGGAGACAUAGCGUUGUGGGAAGUUGGUUCACGGGAGAGAUUGGUUUUGAGAAACUUCAAGGUCUGGGAUUUGAGUGCAUGUUCAAAUCCCUUGCAGACAGCCCUGGUUAAAGAUCCUGUUGUCUCUGUUAAUUGCAUAACUUGGAGCCCGGAUGGCUCAUUAUUUGGGGUUGCAUAUUCGAGACAUAUUGUGCAAAUAUAUUCUUAUCAUGGAAAUGAUGAUGUGCGCCAGCAUCUGGAG